GACACGUUUUUUUCUCGAAAUUAUAAAGAAAACCAUGGCAACACUGCCAUGCCGAUCUGAGCCUUGCUGUUGGAAAACCACCUUCGUGUACGACUUUCUGCUGUUGCAGAUGCACCUCCCCCCACUUCUCUCCUCGACUUUCGCCGACAGUCAGCCUUACUACUCAAACGCGCCCAAUAACUUGGUUCUCUGUUUGACAGAGUUGUACAGAAUCUCGCGAGAGUUGACGUCUGCUAAAAAUACUUGAGAGAACAACGAUUUUUUUAACCACUGAUUCCAACCUCGAAUGCAUUCAUCUGACGGGCAUUUCAAGAAGGACAAAUAACGGUAUUUCUAUUGAAGGGAAUAUUGGCAUAUUAUAUGAAAUUAGACAAUUGCGCUCAAGAUAUGUAUUUUAUGGAAUUUGUUUGCAACGAAGAAAUCUCAGAUGGAGAAGAGAAAGGAACACAGGAAAUAAGCGGUAUAGUGUGCACGCUUGCAAUAAUAUACUUAAUGUUCUAAUAACGGCGAAAUGGUCGCAAAACUUUUGAAUUUUCCUUCCAUUACUCUUUCAAAUAUAUUUUUUCCCAGACACCAUAAGCUACGAGGUUGCAACACUGGGCGAAUGGGUGAAACAGCGGGCGUUCAUAGCCAGGGCCAUGGUCGAUAUUUAUAAGUCAAUGGGAAGGCAGUUUGCAAAGGCAACUUUUCACAUAACGGAAACGGCUUUGCAUAACUCCUACACCAGGACUGCUGCGUACGCGCCGUAAAGAUGAGAGGCUUUGCCCUUCUCCCCCAAGAGGACUACGACAAUGCUUCCACCGGGCAAGACAAAAACAUUGAUAUUGGACGUUGAAAUCCACGCCUGAGUCUCUUCAUACCUAUUUGCCUUUGUAGGGCGAGAUAAAGGAUACUUUCCUCAUUGACUCAAUGUAAAGGAGAAGAGAAGAGAGCAUCCACGUCUGAGAAAUGGAUAAACUCACCGUCAUAUCAGGAUGCCUCUUUCUAGCGGCAGAUAUCUUUGCCAUCGCCAGUAUUGCCAAUCCGGACUGGAUCAACACAGGAGAUGCAACUGGUAAGUUAGGUUCCCUGACGGUAGGCCUGGUGCGGCAGUGCCAGACCAUCCACGGUCGUGAAUGGACCUGUAUCCCCCCUCGGCUGCCCCCUGAGUGGGUCACCACCCUCUUCUUCAUUAUCCUGGGCAUCAUCUCCCUCACGGUGACCUGCGGCCUGUUGGUGGCAUCACACUGGCACCGCGAGGCCACCCGUUACGCCCGCUGGAUCGCCUUCACUGGGAUGAUCCUGCUCUGUAUGGCAGCUCUUAUAUUUCCUAUAGGAUUUUACAUCGAUGAGGUCGGGGGACAGCCUUAUAAACUACCCAACAACACAGUGGUGGGGUCCUCAUAUGUACUCUUUGUCCUAUCUAUAUUUUUCACUAUAGUGGGACUACUGUUUGCAGGGAAGGUCUGCUUGCCUGGGUGACAUAUCGGCCACUUUGUUUUUUGUAAACAUUCUUGCGCUUCGAGAAAUGCCUUUGUAGAAGCAUUUGCUCGGCCUGACAUUUGAAAAUGGCCAGCUGGAAGGGACGAAGAGGAACUGUGAGAAACACUCUCUCUGACGUACCUUUGGAUGACAGGACUUUACGGCACCUAGCCCUGGGUCAAUAGGACAGGUAGUAGGCACUAGUCUGUCUGUGUUCAUAGAUUUUGGAGGAAUGGACACCUAUCCAGCCCCCUCACAGAUCAGUGAACACAGAAGUGUCCUUCCACAAAUAGAGUGCCUUUUCGGGUAGUGUAACUUUCUUGUUUCACCAAAUUUGAACAUUCUGUCAAAGAGCACAUGUUUAACUUCAUAACAAACAUGUUUUCCCCAUCUCCUCCUUUUGCUAUUUUAUUUUUUAUUUAAGGAAUAGUUUAACCAUAUUAAAACGAGAGUUCAGUUCACGUAACUGGUUGACAUGAGGGACAAAUGUAAAUGAAUCACUAAUCACAUGAGAUAAAUAAUAAUUUCCAGAAAUGAUGUUGUCAAGGCAACAAAUGAUAUUACCAUGAUGGUGAAAAUAUAUAAAAUAUUCAAGUCGGACAAACAUGACGUGGGACAUGCCAAAAUUGGCAUUAUCAGAGAAAAUGACAAAUGUAUUUUUAAUAUAAAACACACUACUGUUGGAUUUUUUAAUGUUUGUUAGAGUGUAGAUUUGUGAUCCAAUUGUUAAAUUGAGUGUUUUAUCAAAAUGUGCACACAAUGUCACCAGGUCAUAAAAGGCACUCUCUUCAUGGAUCGACCCAGACGGGGUAGUGGCUAGAGCCUGAAACAGACAUGGAUCAUCAGGCCAGGGAAGACUGUCACCCAUGGCCAUGACAACAGGAAGUCAAGUCACUCCGCCCCAUAAGAAGCACAGUGGUAGAAAGGCUGGAGCCGGCAAUAAGAAUGAUGAAGCCAUCAUUUUGUAGAUUAUGCAUAUAUUGUUGGAAGUUGAGUUAGAACUCAGAGCUGUUGUCUUGGGUCCUAUGAGUGGAGCUGGCCUCUAGAUUCAUGAUGAAACUAUGAAAAGCAGGAAGUCUGUUGGAUCACAUGAUGAUGGAAAGCAAUUAGAAGUAAUUCAAUACAAUUGUAAAGUAUUUCAUGAAAAAGUAAAAUUAUUUGUCUUCAUGAAUGCAUUUUUUUCUCAAGAUGGAGCAUUUAUAGUAAUUUUUUAUGGUCAAUGCACUGUAUCAUGGAAUUCCUACAUGUCUGUUAUCUUCGCUUUUACGUCUGUCAAUUUGAUCUCAUGACUGGCUGACUUGCUCAUGUAGGCUACAUAGACAGAAUGGCUGUUGUUUGAGGAGGCACUGUGAUAUACAUGAACUACUCUGGAAAACCAUCUCAUUAAAAGUUACACAACAUGACAAA